AUGGUUUUCAAGGCAGAAAAUUUCAGUAAAAGUGAGAAAUGGAUUGUUGCGGAAAUUGAUCCUGGGUUUAUUCAUGUCCAGUACAAUAACCCAAAGACUUUGAACGCCUAUGACACUGAAGAUUGGAAAAUGUAUCAAGAGAUUCUUACUGGGUUGGAAAAUGAUCCAGAAACAAAAAUAAUUCUAAUUUCGUCUGCUGUGCCCAAGUCCUUUUCCAGUGGAUUGAAUUUGACUUCUGCCAUGGGGUUAAUGAGUGGGAAGGAAGAUUGGUCAUUUAAAGAUAGAGAAAAGUUCAUGUACCAGCAUAUCAGAGAGUUUCAAGAUGCAGUUACAAUGCCUGCCAGGAUGCGGACACCUACGAUUGCGUUGAUCAAUGGUAUUUGCUUCGGCUUGGGAUUAGACUUGGUCUCUGCCUGCAGUAUUAGGGUGGUGGUGGAAGGAGCCAGGCUUUCGAUUCGUGAAAUUAAAAUUGGAAUAGUGGCUGACAUGGGAUCAUUGCAGAGAAUGUCGAAUCUCGUAAAUAAUAAGUCUUUGAUGUAUCAAUAUGCAUUGACUGGUGAGAUCUUUUCCGCUCAAGAUGCGUUAUCCCUUGGCUUUGUUAGUAAGAUUGUGCCUGAUUUAGAAUCUGGCCUUACAUACUGCAAAGAGCUCGGAUCUAAUAUUAAUCAAAAUGAGCAAUGGGCUAUAAAGGGUACCAAGGAGUCUAUUCAAUACAUGGUGGAUGGAGGAACGCACGAGCAAGGUUUGUUGAAUAUAGCAGACUAUAAUGCAGCGCAGUUGGUCGGCGGUUUUCCCAAGAACAACUUCGGUUCCAAACUCUAG